AGAGGCAUCAACUUCCUAUUUGUUUCCUGGAUUAAAAUGGGACAUUUCUGAAUGUAUCUUCAUGAAACUGUAACAUAUACUGUGCAUAUAGUCGCCCCAUGCACUUCAUCGGGACUGAGAGGCGUACCAACGGCCGUUAGCUUUUCCGCGCGCUUACGAUGCCGCUCGCUCCCGCGAACCAGUCCCAGUUGAUUCGGUCCAGUCAGAAGGACGAAUAUUAUCAAACCUUCCUGAGGAACAACGCCAACGAAGCCUUUCAGACACUCGCUGGAUCCAAAAGAUGGCUGGACUGGAGGAGAGAGAUCGAGCUGCUGUCGGACCUCGCGUACUACGGUCUGACCACGUUCUCAGGAUACCAGACGCUGGGCGAGGAAUACGUCAACAUGGUGCAGGUGGACCCCACUAAGCGCCGGGUCCCCUCCCCCGCCAGGCGGGGCCUCUUCAUCCUCUACCGCGCCUACGUCCCGUACCUGGCGGACAAGGUGCUGGUGUGCCUGGAGAACGAGCUGGAAUGCGGAGAGGAGAGCGUCGGCGGCGCCGGGUGGCGGCGGCGGCGGGGGGCGGCGUCCGGGCCGCGCUGGAGCCUGGAGGCGUGGCUGAGGAGGUGGAUGCGGAGGGCGGCGGCGCUGCUGUCGGAGCCCCAGAGGAGAGCGUGCGUGCCGGCCGUGUUCGCCCUGCGCCAGGGGUUGACCCUCAUGCACCGGCUCCACGCCGCCAUGUUCUACAUCGGCGGCUCCUUCUAUCACCUGUCCAAGAGGGCGGCCGGUAUCAGCUAUCUGCGUGUGAUCGGACUCGGCGGCGACCCCGAUGAGAGCGUAGGGAGCAGCUUCCGCCUGCUGGGGGCGCUGUCGCUCCUCCAGCUGCUCGUCACCGUGUGCCUGCAGCUCAACGCCUUCAGACGGAAGCAGAGAGCUCGGCAGGAGUGGAAGCUCUACAGGAACCUCAGUCCUCAGCGCGCUCCCCGAGCCGGAGCCCGAGCCGCCGGCUGCAUCCUCUGCCUGGAGGAGCGGAGGCACUCCACCGCCACGCCCUGCGGACACCUGUUCUGCUGGGAGUGCAUCACGGAGUGGUGCAACACCAAGGCCGAGUGCCCCCUGUGUCGGGAGAAGUUCCAGCCGCACCGACUGGUGUACCUGAGGAACUACAGCUAGAGCCACGGAGACCAGGGGUCAACCAGAGGUCAACCAGGGGUCAACCUUCUCUCAAAUGGUCUUCAGGCCAUGUUAAUAAAAUGUUUGAUUGCAUCAGUCUAAUCUUGUAAAUAUCACUUUUAAUUAAAUUAAAAACCUGUGUGUGAAACGUCCAAA